AUGUACCCCUCCAGCGUCCUGCUCGUCGCAGCCCUCGUUUCGCGGGCUGCCGCCCAACAGACACCGCUAUCCUAUCCCAGCGUGGAGUCACCUUCGUACCAGCCUGUCGAAGAUGGAGAGACCGAUUUCACCAGACUCUUCUCCUCUGACCUCCUCUUCCGCGACCCCUGGUCGAAGGACUCAUGGAAUGGCCUCGUGUCGUACGCGCAGGCGCAACCUAUCAGGUGCUUUGGCGCCGACGCGGACGUGCCCUACGACGUCGCGGUGCUCGGCGCGCCGUUCGAUACCGCCACGAGCUACAGGCCCGGCGCGCGGUUCGGACCGAACGGCAUCCGCCAAGGCGCGCGGCGGAUGCACGUCGGCGUGAUCAACGUGCACCAGAAAGUGAGGGUGAGCGACCACCUCGCCGUGGUUGACUGCGGGGACGUGCCCAUGACGUUCAUGGACAACAAGGUCGCGCUGCGCCAGCUCGAGGCCGCGAACAAGGCGCUCCUACGCCGGGAGGCGUUCCGGAGUUAUAACCAGACGAGCCUGGCGAAAGACGGCAAGUUCCACCCGCGCGUGCUCACGCUCGGCGGAGACCAUACCAUUACCCUGCCUCUGCUGAGGGGCGUGGCGGAAAUUUAUGGGCCUGUCAGUGUUAUCCAUUUUGACAGUCACCUCGACACGCGAAAGCCUAACAGAGUGUAUGGCCCUUGGCUCCCGGGCGAAGAAAUCCCCGUCACGCACGGCAGCUACUUCUACUACGCGCACAAGGAAGGCCUCCUCGCGCCUAACAACGCCAACAUCCACGUCGGGAUCCGCAGCGGAAUGGACAGCUGGGACAACUACGAGAACGACUGGGAGGUCGGUUUCGUGAUCUCGCACGCGGAGGAUAUCGAGGAGAUUGGGUGGCGGGGGGUGGUGAAGAAGAUAAGGGAGGUGGUUGGGGAUAAUCCUGUGUACAUUAGCUUGGACAUUGACGUGAUAGACCCGGGCUUUGCGCCUGCGACCGGAACUCCCGAAAUCGGCGGGUUCACCACCCGGGAAAUCAAGAAGAUCUUCCAGGGUAUGGCGGGGCUCAAAGUCGUCGGCGCGGAUAUCGUCGAGGUCGCCCCGGGGUACGAUUCCCAAGCUGAGCUGACGCAGAUCGUCGCUGCGAAUAUCGGGUGGGACAUGCUCGCACUGAUGGCGAAGACGCCGACGGUUGCGUGA